AUGGUGAUUUGUGAUGUAUUUGUUGUGUAUGAAAAGGAAUGGAAAGGCAAGCCCAUGAAUUUUGGCAAUGAGAAGCCUAUGACGCUGUUUUCGAGUGAGGGGAAUCUUGGGCAGUGCGACAAUGCACUACGAGCAGCAAUAAACGGCAGCCUGUCGAUUGGUGCAUGCGCAGAUGAUGGAUGUGUGAUUGUGUCGUUCAGGGAUGUAACGCCGCUUGUAGUGAAGAAGGAGGUUCGGAAGGUGUUUAGGAUAUGUGAUACGAUAGGAUGUACAUAUUCUGGGCUCCAGCCUGAUUGUAGAAUACAGGUUGGGAUUGGGUGUGAGAUUGCAGAGGACUACUAUGAUGUUUAUGGGCGGUAUCCUGAUGUGGAUGUGUUUGUUGCACAUUUUUCAUCUGUUGUGCAGGAGUAUACGCAAAAGGGAGGAUACAGGCCAUUUGGAACGCUGAUGAUAUUUGUAGGGCCGGUGAAGGGUGUUCCGAAGGUCUACCAGGUCGAUCCGAGCGGAUCAUACCAGACCAAGGAUGUGUGUGCAUCAGGCUUUGGAUAUGCAGAGGCAAAGAAGUUUGUAAGCCGAAGGCUGGAAGGCUUGGAUGACAAUGUGGUGAGCUGUGUCUGCUCGAUAAGGGAGUAUGUAGGGAAGGAAGUCAAAGCCGAGGAUGUUGACAUUGGGGUGUAUAUGAAAGCCCAGAAUGUAUUUAAAAUAUAUGGAGAGGAGGAGGUUAAGGAGGUGUUUGACUCGCUCAGUAGGGACUGA